AAUACUCAAAUUUCGACUGUAUAGAAAAUUGGAAGAGUACCGGAAUAUUCCUCUGUGUCUCUUCCACAAUCGAUCGUUUAUCAUUCAACGGAGAGAUGGAGUCGUCGUUAACGAUGUCGAAGGUGGAGGUAAUAAAACAGGCCAUAAAAGAAGUGAUGGAAGAGAUCAGAGAUGGUGCCAACUCCUCAUCCAAUGACGGCGGCGAAGUUGAAGAUGACAACCACCACCGCCUCCUAUCCAAAUUGAUGUCUCAGUUGGAGAAGUUAGAGGCUGAGCAGGAAUUUGUUGAUGAUGAGAAAACCAAAACGAAGAUAAACAAGUCGAGAUCGGAAGAAGAAGAAGAAGAAGAUGAAGAAGAAAAGAUAGUGAAAGAGCUUAAGAAGAUGAAGAGGCAGAAUCUAAUAACACACUGUCUUCUUUCAGCCAUGAUAGUUCUCACAGUCGUCUGGCAGAUAUCGGAGGUCUCCAUUAUUUUGAGACUAAAAGAUGGAGUAAACCACCCAUUUCGAUUCAUUGGUAGCAUCUUUAAGAGGAUUGUAACACCUCCUAAACCAAAUGGUAGUGAAGAAAAAACAGAUUCAUCGAUUACAAAUAACCUUAUCGAGUCCUCGCGAAUUGGUGAUCUCAAAAUUCCAGAGCUUCCCCAUGUCGAGCUGCCCAAAACUCAGACUUGGUUUUUGAAAGAUAUAGACUGAAAUCAUCAUUCUCGGGUUUCCAAGGUACAAUUGGAGCUUAAAAAAUAGCAUACAACUUUGCUUGUUUUCUUUCGUCAUGUUUCAAAUGCUGUAGAUAAUUGUUUUCCGAAGUAACAAGGAAUUUUGAUUCUAGUUUUAACUA